UUUGUUCUCCAGGGAAAACGGAGAAGGGGGCAUCAGCACUUCGGUCUUCAGCAGCAGCUUCAACUUGAAGCCAUACUUUCGCCCUGCUAAUUGUACAGCUUGAGGCCCCAUCCGAGAACUAAUCUCUCGCGCUGUAGAUAGUGUAAAAAGGUAUAUUGUGAUUCGUGACUAGAAACAAGCAUCAAAGAACAUGGUGAAGAAAAGUUUCCUCUGUGUUUUGUUCGUCCUCCUAGUGAUUCUCGCUGUCGCUGGCGCCGGCAGUAGUCGGUUCAUUACAGAGAGCUUUAGCUCUAAUCUGGUUUCCGACGGAGUCGAAAAUGGUCGAGUGCAAUCUCCAGGCAUCUUUCUCAAGAGGCUCCGUGCAUCCGAGACCUGUGAGCAGACAUAUGGGUUCCUCCCCUGUACCACUAAUGUUGUUGGAAACCUCUUCCUCAUCAUUGUAUACGGGUUCUUGAUGUUCCAUGGGGCGAGGUACCUCUCGGACGGAAGUGAGCUUCUGCUGUCAGUCCUUGGCCCUGGUAUUAUUGGUGGUCUUUUCCUUCCUAUCCUCGGUGCUCUUCCUGAUGCAAUGCUCAUCCUCGUUUCUGGACUCUCUGGAAGUAGAGAAACUGCUCAGAGUCAGGUUUUGGUUGGAAUGGGCUUGCUGGCUGGGUCAACUGUCAUGCUUCUGACGUCACUUUGGGGAUCUUGUAUUAUUGUUGGGAAAUGUGAUAUUGAGGACUCAACUGCAGUAGAUUUACAAGAUACAAAAGGAUUGAGCUUAUCUGAUCUAUGGAGCAGUAACCAUGAAUAACCUCCUUUGUUUGGCUGUCUUAUUAGCGCUUGUUUAUGUGAGGCACUUGAUAUGGGAUUUCACAUCUGAAGUACUUAUCAUCCUUAUUGUUUGUAUCAUAAUGGGUCUUGUUGCCAGCUUCCGUACCACCUACCCCUUAUGGAUGUUUUUUGUGGCAUAUGUGCUCUAUCCUAUAUCUCUGGUGCUAGUUUAUAUUCUUGACUAUGUUUUUGGGUGGUCAUAGACACUUCAAACAACAAAAGCAGUUAAUUGAAGCAGGUAAAGAUAUCACUCAUGGAAUGUAAUGAAUACUAGUUCUUUCUAGAGGCGCUGUACUUUUUUUUUUUUAAUUUUUUCUAGAUGAUGGGAACACCUCUACAUCUUUCCUGCAACCAUGUAAUAAGUUCAAAUCUCGUUCUAUUGAGUUGGUAAUUUGAUAUAUGAAACAAGAUUUGUUUCUUUCA